GGUAAGACUCUGAAAAAGGGGGCGCUGGGAGCGUAUUGCGAGGGCCUGGAGAUGGAGAGAGGAGCGGAAGCUGAGGGUGUGAAAUGGCUGGCGCCGAACACACCUCGCGGGGCUCCAGUGAUUCCUGGUGUCCGACCUCAGCCCCAGCCAGUGCGGGUCCAGUUUCCAGGCUCUCGCGGAAGGCCUGGCUGAACACAUGUGGCAGCCACGGUCACCCUCCCUAUUCCUUUUAGCCCGAGGAGGGGGGUCCCGAGUUACAUGGCCACGUAGACGGGGCCUCUCCCUCAUUUCUGAAUCUUGUGGGGGGGGGACCCCCAGAGGCAUGGUUUAGGGCCUCCCCCACCCCUCUAGAGCUCCAGUCUGCAAGAGUCAGGACCCGAAAUAUUGCUGACUGUGGGUGACGACUCGUGCGCGCACACACACAUGCGAGCAGGCACGAUACGUUCGGUCACAUUAAAAGGCACGCAAGGGUGGUGCGGGCUGCACGCGGUGACACGGACCCCCUCUAACGUUCCCAAACUGAGCUCCCUGCAGGUCCCCGACAGCAGAGGCCACUGUCCCAGGACCCCUCCAGGCACGCGCUCACACGCACACGCGCGCUUCCCGGCUCACGCGCGCUCCGACACACACGCUCACGCGAACGCAGGCGCACGCUCUGGCGCGGGAGGCGCCCCCUUCGCCUCCGUGUUGGGAAGCGGGGGCGGCGGGAGGGGCAGGAGACGUUGGCCCCGCUCGCGUUUCUGCAGCUGCUGCAGUCGCCGCAGCGUCCGGACCGGAACCAGCGCCGUCCGCAGAGCCGCCGCCGCCGGGCCCUUUCCAAGCCGGGCGCUCCGAGCUGCGCCCGGUCCGCUUCAGCACCGUGGACAGCACCGGUCGCGUGGGGCUGCGCCCGGAGCCCCUGCGCGCGCUCCCGCGCCCCUUCCCUCGGCCGACGUCCCGGGACCCCAGCUCCGGGGGAGACGUGGCGUCCGCAGCCCGCGGGGCCGGGCGAGCGCAGGACUGCCCGGAAGCCCCGCGGGGGAUGCGCCGAGGGCCCCGCGUUCGCGCAGCGCAGAGCCAGGCCCGCGCCCCGAGCCGAUGAGCACCAUGCGCCUGCUGACGCUCGCCCUGCUGUUCUCCUGCUCCGUCGCCCGUGCCGCGUGCGACCCCAAGAUCGUCAACAUUGGCGCGGUGCUGAGCACGCGGAAGCACGAGCAGAUGUUCCGCGAGGCCGUGAACCAGGCCAACAAGCGGCAUGGUUCCUGGAAGAUCCAGCUGAACGCCACCUCCGUCACGCACAAGCCCAACGCCAUCCAGAUGGCUCUGUCAGUGUGCGAGGACCUCAUCUCCAGCCAGGUCUACGCCAUCCUAGUUAGCCAUCCACCUACCCCCAACGACCACUUCACUCCCACCCCUGUCUCCUACACAGCCGGCUUCUACCGCAUCCCCGUGCUGGGGCUGACCACCCGCAUGUCCAUCUACUCCGACAAGAGCAUCCACCUGAGCUUCCUGCGCACCGUGCCGCCCUACUCCCACCAGUCGAGCGUGUGGUUCGAGAUGAUGCGUGUCUACAGCUGGAACCACAUCAUCCUGCUGGUCAGCGACGACCACGAGGGCCGGGCGGCUCAGAAGCGCCUGGAGACGCUGCUGGAGGAGCGUGAGUCCAAGGCAGAGAAGGUGCUGCAGUUUGACCCAGGGACCAAGAACGUGACGGCCCUGCUGAUGGAGGCAAAAGAGCUGGAGGCCCGAGUCAUCAUCCUUUCUGCCAGCGAGGACGACGCUGCCACUGUGUACCGUGCAGCCGCGAUGCUGAACAUGACGGGCUCCGGGUACGUGUGGCUGGUCGGGGAGCGCGAGAUCUCGGGGAACGCCCUGCGCUACGCCCCGGACGGCAUCCUCGGGCUGCAGCUCAUCAAUGGCAAGAACGAGUCGGCCCACAUCAGCGACGCCGUGGGCGUGGUGGCCCAGGCCGUGCACGAGCUCCUCGAGAAGGAGAACAUCACCGACCCGCCGCGGGGCUGCGUGGGCAACACCAACAUCUGGAAGACCGGGCCGCUCUUCAAGAGAGUGCUGAUGUCCUCCAAGUAUGCGGACGGGGUGACUGGUCGUGUGGAGUUCAAUGAGGAUGGGGACCGGAAGUUCGCCAACUACAGCAUCAUGAACCUGCAGAACCGCAAGCUGGUGCAAGUGGGCAUCUACAACGGCACCCACGUCAUCCCUAAUGACAGGAAGAUCAUCUGGCCAGGCGGAGAGACAGAGAAGCCUCGAGGGUACCAGAUGUCCACCAGACUGAAGAUUGUGACGAUCCACCAGGAGCCUUUCGUGUACGUCAAGCCUACGCUGAGUGAUGGGACAUGCAAGGAGGAGUUCACAGUCAACGGCGACCCAGUCAAGAAGGUGAUCUGCACCGGGCCCAACGACACGUCUCCGGGCAGCCCCCGCCACACGGUGCCUCAGUGUUGCUACGGCUUUUGCAUCGACCUGCUCAUCAAGCUGGCACGGACCAUGAACUUCACCUAUGAGGUGCACCUGGUGGCAGAUGGCAAGUUCGGCACACAGGAGCGGGUGAACAACAGCAACAAGAAGGAGUGGAAUGGGAUGAUGGGGGAGCUGCUCAGCGGGCAGGCAGACAUGAUCGUGGCGCCGCUAACCAUCAACAACGAGCGCGCGCAGUACAUCGAGUUUUCCAAGCCCUUCAAGUACCAGGGCCUGACUAUUCUGGUCAAGAAGGAAAUCCCCCGGAGCACGCUGGACUCGUUCAUGCAGCCGUUCCAGAGCACACUGUGGCUGCUGGUGGGGCUGUCGGUGCACGUGGUGGCCGUGAUGCUGUACCUGCUGGACCGCUUCAGCCCCUUCGGCCGGUUCAAGGUGAACAGCGAGGAGGAGGAGGAGGACGCACUGACCCUGUCCUCCGCCAUGUGGUUCUCCUGGGGCGUCCUGCUCAACUCUGGCAUCGGGGAAGGCGCCCCCAGAAGCUUCUCGGCGCGUAUCCUGGGCAUGGUAUGGGCCGGCUUUGCCAUGAUUAUCGUGGCCUCCUACACCGCCAACCUGGCGGCCUUCCUGGUGCUGGACCGGCCGGAGGAGCGCAUCACUGGCAUCAACGACCCUCGGCUGAGGAACCCCUCGGACAAGUUUAUCUACGCCACGGUGAAGCAGAGCUCGGUGGACAUCUACUUCCGGCGCCAGGUGGAGCUGAGCACCAUGUACCGGCAUAUGGAGAAGCACAACUACGAGAGUGCAGCGGAGGCCAUCCAGGCCGUGAGAGACAACAAGCUGCAUGCCUUCAUCUGGGACUCGGCGGUGCUGGAGUUCGAGGCCUCGCAGAAGUGCGACCUGGUGACGACUGGAGAGCUGUUCUUCCGCUCGGGCUUCGGCAUAGGCAUGCGCAAAGACAGCCCCUGGAAGCAGAACGUCUCCCUGUCCAUCCUCAAGUCCCAUGAGAAUGGCUUCAUGGAAGACCUGGACAAGACAUGGGUUCGGUAUCAGGAAUGUGACUCGCGCAGCAACGCCCCUGCGACCCUUACUUUUGAGAACAUGGCAGGGGUCUUCAUGCUGGUAGCGGGGGGCAUCGUUGCCGGGAUCUUCCUGAUUUUCAUUGAGAUUGCCUACAAGCGGCACAAGGAUGCUCGCCGGAAGCAGAUGCAGCUGGCCUUUGCAGCAGUGAACGUGUGGAGGAAGAACCUGCAGCAGUACCAUCCCACUGAUAUCACGGGCCCGCUCAACCUCUCAGAUCCCUCGGUCAGCACCGUGGUGUGAGGCCCCCGGAGGCGCCCACCUGCCCAGUUAGCCCGGCCAAGGACACUGAUGGGUCCUGCUGCUCGGGAAGGCCUGAGGGAAGCCCACCCGCCCCAGAGACUGCCCACCCUGGGCCUCCCGUCCGUCCGCCCGCCCGCCCCGCUGCCUGGCGGGCAGCCCCUGCUGGACCAAGGUGCGGACCGGAGCGGCUGAGGACGGGGCAGAGCUGAGUCGGCUGGGCAGGGCCGCAGGGCGCUCCGGCAGAGGCAGGGCCCUGGGGUCUCUGGAGCAGUGGGGAGCGGGGGCUAACUGGCCUCAGGCGGAGGGGCUUGGAGCAGAGACGGCAGCCCCAUCCUUCCCGCGCCACAGUGGGGCCCAUGGCCCCAGCUGGCUGGGUCGCCCUUCCUCGGGCGCCUGCGCUCCUCUGCAGCCUGAGCUCCACCCUCCCCUCUUCUUGCGGCACCGCCCACCACACCCCGUCUGCCCCUUGACCCCACACGCCGGGGCUGGCCCUGCCCUCCCCCAUGGCCGUCCCUGACUUCCCAGCUGGCAGCGCCUCUCAGAGGCUCUCGGGCUCCCGCCGCCUCGGGCCGCCUCCUCCAGACUCGAGAGGGCUGAGCCCCUCCUCUCCUCGUCCGGCCUGCAGCCCAGAACGGGCCUUCCCGGACGCUGGCUCGGGACUGUCUUCAACCCCGCCCUGCACCUUGGGCAAGGGAGAGUGCCACCCGCCCGCCCCCGCCCUCGCUCCGGGUGCGUGACCGGCCCGCCACCUUGUACAGGACCAGCACUCCCAGGGCCCGAGCGCGUGCCUUCCCCGUGCGGCCCGUGCGCAGCCGCGCUCUGCCCCUCCGCCCCCAGGGUGCAGGCGCACAUCGCCCACCCCCCACCUCCCGGUGUAUGCAGUGGUGAUGCCUAAAGGAAUGUCACGCAGUUUUC